GUUCUUGCGCGAGUAGUUCUGCUGCCAGCUCGCCACGCGGAGACCCUCAUCAUAGCAGCAGAUUAAUCACGUGCCCCGCGCGCCCGUCGUGGCAUUACGGCGAGGUUAGGUGGGCGACGGGGCCUCGCCAAUGAUUUUCUGCUGCGCGUUGCUCGCAGCAGAGGGCCAAGCGCCGCUGGAGCAACGACGGGGCGUGCCAUGGCGGCGGUGGGGGGGCGGUCAACGCAGCAUAUCUCCGUUGGCCGUUGCAGAAUCGGUUUCGUGGUGCGAGCGUCGCUGCUACCCCGGAUGGACGCGGUGCAGGCAGAGCUCGUGCAGGGGGUGGGGCGCGUCGGAUGAUAGGCGUCGUUGUAGCGCGGCGAACGGCGCAGUGCGCUGGAACAGCGGCCACUGCGAGACUGCGAGCAUCCUUGGGUGAGCGGCACUGCAACUUGCGUCGGUCAUGCCCCCAGUCACCAAGUGCAUAAGGCCCCUCGCUGUCUCGCUGCUCCACUCGCACUACCCACCUCGCGCUCACACGCUCAACGCCAAGUUUGCAGCUAUCACCCCAUCGUUGCAGCUACACGCAUCGCUACUGACAGACUC